UUACGGUGUACUUUAAGUAUCGUAUACAUAUAAAGAAUAUUGCAAGGGUGGUGACAACCUAACGCAACCUGCAAACACCUGCGUAAGUACAUUAAUAAUAGUACUCUCAGAACAGUAAAUGCAACUGUUGCAUUUCAGUGAUUGUAUAGCUGAUGUUUUUGUAGAAAAAUGUAGUGUAAUUUUGUCUUCAAUCUAUUUAAACUGCUGCUGUAGUUUUCUCUCUUCUUACUGUUCAAAUUGAAGUCCAGCUUCUUCCCUCCUUGUUCCCUAUAGUUAAAGGGUAAAUACUUACACUAGGAACACUACACUAGGAGUGUUGAAGCUGGCUUCUGCUAAAUGAAACUGCAAAACUAUCUUCAGUAAACUUUAUUUAUUUGAGUCUCUGACUCCGGCUCUUCUUCAUCUGACAGACUGCUCAUUCUUUGGGUUAAAACUGUAAGUGAUCCCUCCGUUCAUCUGACACACCAGACAGUUAAUCUUCAUCACCAACAGUCUCCUAACCAGAAUCAUCAAUUUGUCAAGUCAGAUCACCUUUAUUUCUGUAGCACAUUGUGUCAAACUGCUUUACAAGGAUGAACAGUAUAAAAUAAAAUGAAGAUAAAACAACAUUGUGGUCCACAUGUAACUGCUCCAUUCCCUCAUUCAAGCCAAAAGGGUUUUUAUAAGCCCCUGUUUACUAAAUAAUAACAAAAAAGUGACUUUGCGGAAGAUGAAACUGUGUUCAAAUGACUAAAGGUGUAAACAUUUACCCUGUAAGACUAACAGAGAGACAAUUUGAGCAAACAUUGGAGAGAAACUCUAGAGAUUUAGUUGCUUACAUAUAAAAUGAAGUAAAUGUCUGCCCAGUGUUUUGGUGGUUGAGUCAGGUUUUAGAAGGUACACAGUGUCAGGUAAUGCGACAAUACCUCACGAAAACAAGUACAAAGCACUUGUCCUCACUGUAGAGGCACAUUCAAAAGCACCACAACCUGCUCUAAUCCCUUUGGCUAGAGUUGCUGACACUGGCUAACCUUUUAGAAUAGGCCCUCUCUCAUGCUGUGGGAAGGUCACUGCAUCUUACCCAAACGGUCCAUGUGCAGUAACACCACUGCGCUACUCACUGUUUUUAAGAAGACAACCCAAAUCUACCAUUAACCCAUACUGCUGAGAGGAGCCAGGAAUUAAAAAAGAAAAAAUGACUGAAGGUGAUCGGGAACUUUCAGCUUUGAUUCAGGAGCUCUGGGACAAUGACACCAACCGCCUGAGACCUGGGAUCGAUUAUCGCAUUUCUCUACAGGGUAAAGCAGGUGAUCUGGCAGGUGUUCCCGAUGACAAUGAUGGAGCAGGGAUGCCUUUGUUUUCAUUUGUUGAUGAAAACAUUUUCAAAAAGGAGACUUUCUUAGCUUUCAUCUCACUUCUGGACAACUAUGAAAGUGAUACUGGUGAACCAGAGAUUGUCACACCAGAGGAAGAAAUGGAAAACCAUAGGUUCUUGGAUUCAGUCAUUAAGACCCCCACUAUGAAGAUUGCCCACAAAUAUCUAGUGGAGAAGCGUCUUUCUCCAGAGGAUACCACAGGCUUCAAACAGCAGCUGUAUAAGAUUUGGUUUGAGCUCUAUGCCAGGAAAGGAUCUAGUAAACCAGACUCGUCUGGUUUUGAACAUGUCUUUGUAGGAGAGACAAGAGGAGGUCAUACUGUCAUUGGGUUUCAUAACUGGAUUCAGUUGUACUUACAAGAGAAACUAGGACACAUUGACUACAAAGGAUAUAGUGUGAAUGCCAACUCACCACAGCCAGAUGAGAACAAACACAUGUUGGCUCUCCAGUUCAGUUGGAAGAAUGGAAUUAAGCCCAAAGGAAGCAUCUUCAUCGGUGUGAGCCCGGAGUUCGAGUUUUCCUUGUACACUCUGUGUUUUCUCAUGUCUCCAAAUGAGCGAGUGAAAGUUUCCUUUAAUGUCUAUGAUGUGGAGAUAGUGUGUCACCACUACAAUCAGAAGCACAUCGGCACUACCUAUCCUGUCCUCGUGAAAUACCUGCGUGUAUAACCAGUCCAAGAUCCAAGUAUUGGUUACAAGGUAUUGAUUGUUUUUAAUCUCAAGAACAAUAAACCCCAAAUCAUUGA